GAAGCUUCUUCCAAAACCUUUUAAGCUCUUGAAUUGCAUUAGACAUUUGGAAAUUCUACAUCAAUUUUCUACAACGACAUUUUACAAGCUUUUACUCAGCAUUCAUAUCUUUGAUCGAUCUCCACUGAGGUUUAUCAAUUUACUUGAUAACUUCUCUCACAAGAUUGUCAGCCUCUUCAAGGGUCGCGCAUCACUUUUUUUAUCUGACUCUUUCCCCCGCCUUGUUCGCCUUAUCGAGUCACUCAAGACGAGUUUUAUCUAUCUGGAUCCUAAAAUAAGAAUCUACACUACAUUUACAUACAAAAAUACAUUAGUUGCGCAACUUUUCGCAAACAAUCAUGUCCGAUAUCAACAUGGAAGGCCAAGAGCCAGUCGCAGCAGCUCCAGCUACCACCAACGAGCAAGUAAAGACCGAAACAGAAACUGCAGCAGCAGCACCAAUUGAGCCAGAAAUCAAGGACGAGAAGAUGGAAGAUGCUGAGGCCAAACCCGAAAUCAAGGAAGAAAACGUAGAGGCUGCCAAUGGCGAUGUCAAGAAGGAGGGGGAAGAUGAGAACAAGGAAAAGAAGUUCAACUACGACGAGCCAAGAUUUUACGACAAUGGAGUUUUGAAGACAAAUGCCAAUGAGGUUCAUGGCCAGAAUAACAGCAAAUAUGAUGCUUCAGUUCUUCCCGCAUCUAAUGAUAUGGGAUUGAUUCGCCGACAAGUCGAAUUCUACUUCGGUGAUUCCAAUUUGCCAACCGAUCAAUUCUUAAUGAAGACGACCGGAGGCGCAGAGAAUAAGCCAGUCUCAAUCGCAACUAUCCACUCAUUCAAGCGCAUGCAGCGAUUCCAGCCAUACUCCUUGGUCGUCGAAGCACUCAAGCAAAGCAAAUAUCUUGUAGUUGAAGGAGAGGAAGGAAAGGAGACUGUCAAGCGCGUAAAGGCUUUCGACCCAUCCGCAAAGUCUCCAAAACGUGAGGCACGAUCAGUUUACAUUAAGGGUUUCGGUGAUGAGGAACCCAGUUCUCAAUUCGAUAUCGAAGCUUUCGUUGCUCCAUAUGGCGAGGUCAACUCUGUCCGUCUCCGUCGUACUGAUGAGAAGCUUUUCAAGGGAUCUGUCUUUGUUGAAUUUGCGGAUGAAGAAACUGCUCAAAAGUUCCUCGCUCUUGACCCAAAACCACAAUGGAAGGGAAAACAUGUUUUGGAAAUUAAGUCAAAAACUCAAUAUAUGGAAGAGAAGAAUGAAGAAAUCCGAAAUGGUACCUUAAUUCCAGGCCAACACAGAGGACGUGGAGGACGUGGAAACUUCAGAGGCCGUGGUCGCGGUGAAAAUUUCGUGAAGAAGGAGCGCAAUGGAGAAGGCGAUGGAGACCGUGAUCCAAAUGACUGGAAGAAGAGACGUGAAAGUGACAGAGAGAACGGAUUCCGAGGUGGUCGUGGAGGUGGACGCGGUGAUCGCAACCGUGGUGGCCGUGGUGGAAGAGGAAAUGGUAAUGAUAGAAAGGGUGGUCGCAAUGAUCGUGGACCACGAAACAAUGAUCGCAAUGCGGAGAAGAACGGCGACGACAAGGAAGCCAAGACCGAAACAUCUGCUACAGAAACCGCUGCUGCGCCUCCAACAAACGAUAAAAAGAGAGCCAGAGAAGAUGAUGGAGGAGCCGAUGAACAUCAAAAUAAGAAAGAGAAGACUGCAGCUGAGGUCCCAGCCCCAGCUUAAAUAAUAUCCGGUCCAGUUUUACAUUAAUCUCUGCGUUUUCCGUCUCAAAACGACACGGUCAUUCAAGGGCGUUUACAAGUUUAUUCUUUUUGUUCUUUUUCGGUGGGAGGGGCAACUAUGCAACAGUGCAUUUGUACAAUGGAUUUCAUGGCAAGGUCAUUGCAUAUCGGUACAUAAGUGGUGAAUUUUUUUUGAGCCCUAAUUUACAGAAAUGGGGAUUUCAUUUACUUUAUUUGGAAGAAUGACGUAUGUAUGGAUGGAAUAGUGCGCAAACCAUGAGGGAAACAACCCAAAAUUGAUAAGUUAAGGGGUUUAGCGAUCACAGCUGAGAGUUUGUGAGCCUUUUCGUUUCGCUAAAGGCAAACGAUAAAAGGAGAACAAAAUUUACAAUACAAAAAUUACAUUCAAAAGAUGGAUCCAGCUCCCGUGAUAGAAUAGUCAACAGAAUAACUCUUUAGUUUUAACUUGUUGAAAUAUUGGCAUUGUAGUUUAAAAUCACAUUCCUUUCCA